UUUUUUUUUUUUUUUUUCACCUCUGGGUUUUUGCUCUUCUCUUUCCUUUCCUCUGUAUGAUUGGAGAAACAGGGGAAAUUGGAUUUGUGAAGAUUUCUAGAAGGAAGAGGCAGAGAAUUUGAAGCAGCAGGGGAAUGUGAGGAGGUUGUUCUGUUGUGAUUCUGUGGCUUGGUUGAAAAUGGGUCUUGCAUGAGAAACCUUGCUGCAGUUCACCUUCAACUUCGUAUUAAUGGCAGCCACGGCUCUGGCGGCGGAGCCGCCGCAAGAGGUACUUUCCUGGCUCAAAACCCUACCUCUGGCUCCCGAAUACCACCCGACUUUGGCAGAGUUUCAAGAUCCAAUUUCAUACAUUUUCAAGAUCGAAAAAGAGGCUUCCAAGUUUGGAAUCUGCAAAAUUGUGCCCCCUGUAUCUCCAUCACCGAAGAAAACUGUAAUUGUCAAUUUCAAUAGGUCGCUUGCAGCUCGUGCCCCCUGUUCUGACACGAGCGAUUCCAAAUCUCCGCCUACAUUCACUACUCGACAACAACAGAUCGGGUUUUGCCCGCGUAAAACUCGGCCGGUUCAGAAAUCAGUGUGGCAGAGCGGCGAGUACUACACAUUUCAGCAAUUUGAAGCUAAGGCGAAGAGCUUUGAGAAGAGCUAUUUGAAGAAAUGUGUGAAGAAAGGGGGGCUUUCGCCUUUAGAAAUCGAGACGCUCUAUUGGAGAGCCACUUUGGACAAGCCGUUUUCAGUGGAAUAUGCGAACGACAUGCCUGGUUCAGCUUUUGUGCCGGUAAAUGCAAAAAUGCUUCGGGAGGCAGGGGAAGGAACAACGCUUGGGGAGACGGCAUGGAACAUGAGGGGGGUGUCUAGGGCGAAGGGGUCUCUAUUGAAGUUUAUGAAGGAGGAGAUUCCAGGAGUUACUUCGCCAAUGGUGUACGUAGCUAUGAUGUUCAGCUGGUUUGCUUGGCAUGUAGAAGACCAUGACUUGCAUAGCUUAAAUUAUCUGCAUAUGGGGGCGGGAAAGACAUGGUAUGGCGUACCUAGAGAUGCUGCUGUGGCGUUUGAGGAGGUUGUAAGGGUUCAGGGAUACGGAGGAGAAAUCAAUCCCCUUGUCACUUUUGCUGUUCUUGGUGAGAAGAUCACUGUAAUGUCACCUGAAGUUCUAGUUAGCGCUGGAGUUCCAUGUUGCAGGUUAGUGCAAAAUGCUGGUGAAUUUGUUGUCACUUUUCCUCGGGCUUAUCAUACAGGUUUCAGUCAUGGGUUUAACUGUGGGGAGGCAGCCAAUAUUGCAACUCCAGAAUGGGUAAGGCUUGCUAAAGAUGCUGCAAUUCGUAGAGCUUCGAUCAAUUAUCCUCCGAUGGUCUCUCAUUUUCAGUUGCUAUACGAUCUUGCUUUAAGUUCCAGAUCACCUCUGUGCACGGGUGCUGAACCAAGAAGUUCACGACUAAAAAAUAAAAGAAAGAGUGAAGGGGAAGCAGUUAUAAAAGAGUUAUUUGUACAGAAUAUUGUAGAGAAUAACAGCCUGCUGGACAUUCUUGGAAGAGGAGCGUCGGUUGUACUUCUUCCCCCAGGUUCUUCAGAUUCUAUUUAUUCGAGACAGCGCAUUGGAUCCCACCCGAGAGCAAAAUCUAGAUUUCCUGUUGGUUUUUGCAGUUCUAAGGAAGAAACCAAAUCUUCUCAAAGUUUUGAUUAUGAUAAUCUCACACUAGAAAAUAGCCAGGGAAUGAAUCAAGUUAAAGGUUUCUAUUCAGCUAACAGGCUGUAUUCUACUCUCUCUGAAAGAAACAUGGAGAAUUUAUGUGAUUCAAGGUCGAAGACUUCGAAUGGCAGCAACGAACGAGGUGGUAAUGUUCUUAGUGAUGGAUUAACAGAUCAAAGGCUGUUUUCUUGUGUCACAUGUGGCAUUUUAAGCUUUGCCUGUGUAGCCAUCGUCCAACCCAGAGAACAAGCUGCUAGGUACCUUAUGUCAGCUGACUGUAGCUUCUUUAAUGAUUGGGCUGUUGGUUCUGGGAUAGCUAUUAGAGAUGGGCAUGCAGUUAGCUCUCAGCAGAUUAGUAAUAGUGGAAAAAGAGAUACGUGCGUUUCUGAUGGUUUGUACGACGUCCCAGUCCAGGCUGUCAAUCGCCAGCUUCCAAUUGCAGAUGAAAGUUACAAAGCUAAUCUAAGUACUGAAAAACGGAAUGAGACUUCUGCCCUUGGCAUGCUCGCAUUGGCAUAUGGACAUUCUUCCGAUUCUGAGGAGGACAAUGCUGAAGCAGAUGCUGCGUUAAAUCCCGGCGAUGCUAAACUAACGGUUUGUUCUUCAGGAAACCAAUAUCAGUAUGACAAUUCUGGUCUUACUUCUAGUGAAAAUUGCAAAAAUACUGCAACUUUGGAUCACAAUGCCUCGUCAUUUGGCGUUAACACUACAGAUCAAAUGCACUUCCAAAUCAAUGACUAUGAAGAAUUUGGACAAGCUAGAUGUUCUUCUGAGUCUGAAAUGGAUGGCAUAGGUUCAACUAAGAAAAAUGGCUUGUCGCCUAGAUAUCAAGAUUUGCAUGUGAACGACAGAUCUUCCUUAGACGCUGAUACUGAAAAACCAACGUUUGACGAAUCCACGGAACCGGUGGAGAUUGAGAAUAUGCCAUUUGCUCCAGAUAUUGAUGAAGACUCCUCUAGGUUGCAUGUAUUCUGCCUAGAGCACGCAAAAGAAGUGGAACAACAACUUCGACCAAUUGGAGGAGCGCACAUUCUUUUACUCUGUCAUCCAGACUAUCCGAAGAUGGAGGCAGAAGCAAAAGUGGUGGCACAAGAAUUAAGUAUGGACCAUGUGUGGACCGAUACGACGUUCAGAGGUGCCACCGAAGAUGAAGAAAGGAGAAUUCAGUUAGCUUUAGAUAGUGAGGAAGCGAUUCCAGGUCAUGGAGAUUGGGCUGUAAAGUUGGGAAUAAAUCUGUUUUAUAGUGCCAACCUUAGUCACUCUCCUCUUUAUAGUAAGCAGAUGCCAUACAAUUCUGUUAUUUAUAAUGCAUUUGGCCGUAGUGCUACUCCCAACGCUUCUGGUAAGCCGAAAGUCUAUCAAAGGAGGACUGCUGGAAAGUUGAAACGAUUAGUUGCAGGGAAAUGGUGUGGGAAAGUCUGGAUGUCGAAUCAAGUUCAUCCUUUGCUAGCAAAGCGAGAUCCUCAACAAGAAGAUGUAGACGUCUUCCAUUCUUGGACAAUGCCGGAUGAGAAGUUUGACAGGAAAUCGGAAAAUGUCCGUAAAAAUGAGACUGUUAUGGUGAAUAGAAAAUCUGCUGGCAAGAGAAAAAUGACUCGUGGGAGUGGAACAGCUAAAAAGGCGAAACCCCGAGAGUCAGAGGACAUGGUUUCAGAUGAUUCAGUCGAAGAUUGUGUCGAUCAGCAUCAUAAUAUUCAUCGGAACAAGCGAUACAAAUUUGUUGAGAUCAAUGAUGCUAUGUCAGAUGAUUCUGUUGAGGAUGAUUCUUGUGGAAAACAUGGAGGAGUUUCCAUUAGCAAGGGAGUGACAUAUUGUCGAACCUAUGACACCGGUUCAGAGGACUCUCUCGGAGAUCGUCGUAAUCAGCAGCACAGAGGGUUCUCUGGAUUCAAGCUGCCGAAAUGGGGUGAGAUAGAACCCGCAGUUUCUGAUGAUUCCUUAGAGCACGAUUCUUCUCGGCAUCGUGAGCAACAUAUAAGGAUUCCAAGAAGCAAGCAAACCAAUGUUCUUAAAAAGAAUGUCGUUUCACAUGAUAUACGGGACGAUAGUUUUCUUUGGCAUCAUCAAAGGACUUCCAGAAGCAAGAAGGCGAAAUCAAUCGAGAGUGAAGAUGUCGUUUCAGAGGACUCUGUUGAAAAUGAUUCUCAUCAGCAUAGAAGUAGGCCUCAAAGGAAACCAGCCAAAUCCACCGCGAGGGAAGACGUAUUCUCAGAUGAUCCAGACGAAGAUGAUAAUUCUCUUCUGCAGCAUAGAAGAAACAUGCAAUUCAAUACAUCAGAUAACCAACUUGAUGAUAGUGUUGAUCAAUACAGGAGGAGAGUACUCCGAAGUAAGCCAGUCAAGGCCGAGACAAUUUCUCAAAUGAAACAAGAGAUCCUGCGAUCUGCGAAGCGAGGAGCCUCGCAGACUUUGAAAGAAGAAUUUGCUCAAUCCUUAAAAUGUGGAGGCCGCCAUACCUCAAACUUAGAGACCCCUCAGCCAAGAAUACAACAUGCCGCUAAUCGGCACGGUAAGCAAGCUAAGAGGAAUAGUAAAUCGACCGAUUUGGAAUCAGAAAACGAGCAACCAGGUGGACCUAGCACACGUCUUCGAAAAAGAACUCUAAAGCCUACUAAACUUACAGAAGCGAAACUGAAAGAUAAAAAACCAAUUAGCAAGAAAAAGGUGAAGAAUAGUUCAUCUUUGAAGACUCCAGCAGGCCGUAGAGAUUCAAAAGCAGCAGGGGAUGAGGAAUCAGAAUAUCUUUGCGACAUCGAGGGUUGCAAUAUGAGUUUCGGUUCAAAACAAGAACUUGUUGUGCACAAACGAAAUGUUUGUCCUGUCAAAGGGUGUGGGAAGAAGUUCUUCUCACACAAGUACCUCGUGCAGCAUCGUCGAGUCCACAUGGACGACCGUCCCCUUAAAUGUCCAUGGAAGGGCUGCAAGAUGACGUUCAAAUGGGCAUGGGCACGAACAGAACAUAUUCGUGUUCAUACAGGUGCCCGACCUUACGUUUGUGCUGAACCAGGAUGUGGUCAGACAUUCAGAUUCGUUUCGGAUUUCAGUCGUCACAAGCGGAAGACUGGACAUUCAACAAAGAAAGGUAGAUGAAUGUGUUUAAUUGACAGAUUUAGGAUAUGAUUAGAUAUAGGGAUAGAUUUAGAACAUCCCUGUAAUUAUAUAUUAUGAUUCAGAGUAACAAUUAACUCUGUUGUGCUGUCUGUUUUCGUUGGUGCUAUAUAUUUUAUGUAAACUGAGCAAUUGCUUGGUUCUUCAAACAUUCUUGGCCAAUGAAGUCGGAUGCUAAUCCUGAUCUUGGUGCUAU